GAAGAUGGAGCUCCGAGUGGGGAACAAGUUUCGGCUGGGGAGGAAGAUCGGCAGUGGGUCUUUCGGGGACAUUUACCUGGGUGCCAAUAUUGCCACGGGAGAGGAGGUUGCCAUAAAGCUGGAAUGUGUGAAAACCAAACACCCCCAGCUACACAUAGAAAGCAAGUUCUACAAGAUGAUGCAGGGCGGAGUGGGAAUCCCCUCUAUUAAGUGGUGUGGUGCAGAAGGGGAUUACAAUGUGAUGGUGAUGGAGCUGCUGGGUCCCAGUCUAGAGGACCUCUUCAACUUCUGCUCUCGCAAGUUCAGCCUGAAGACCGUCCUGCUCCUCGCUGACCAGAUGAUCAGCCGGAUCGAGUAUAUCCAUUCCAAGAACUUCAUUCACCGGGACGUGAAGCCAGACAACUUCCUGAUGGGCCUGGGGAAGAAGGGCAACCUGGUUUACAUCAUUGACUUCGGGCUGGCCAAGAAAUACCGGGACGCCCGAACACACCAGCAUAUCCCCUACCGCGAGAACAAGAACCUGACCGGCACCGCCAGAUAUGCCUCCAUCAACACACACCUGGGCAUCGAGCAGUCCAGGCGUGAUGAUCUGGAGUCCCUGGGAUACGUCCUCAUGUAUUUCAACCUGGGCUCCCUGCCCUGGCAGGGCCUGAAGGCAGCUACCAAGAGACAGAAGUACGAGCGCAUCAGUGAGAAGAAAAUGUCCACCCCCAUCGAGGUGCUGUGCAAGGGCUACUCCUCGGAGUUCUCCACCUAUCUGAAUUUCUGCCGUUCGCUGCGCUUUGAUGACAAGCCUGACUACUCGUACCUGCGCCAGCUCUUCAGAAAUCUCUUUCACCGGCAGGGCUUCUCCUACGAUUACGUGUUCGACUGGAACAUGCUCAAAUUCGGUGCUGGCCGCACUCCAGAGGAGGGGGACAGGGAGAGGAGGGAGCACGAUAGAGAGGAGCGCAUUGUUCAGACACGGAGCUCCGCAGCCCGAGCACUGCCCCCCGGCCCAGUCCCUGGGGCUGCAGGAAACCGGGUCCGCACUGGACCAGAACCAGUCGUAUCAACACCGGCCUCCAGGAUACAGCAGUCCGGUAACACCUCCCCCCGUGCUAUAUCCCGUGCCGAGCGGGAGAGGAAGGUCAGCAUGCGCUUGCACCGCGGGGCUCCGGCCAACGUCUCCUCUUCUGACCUGACGGCAAGACAAGAAGUGUCCCGGAUUGCAGCCUCGCAGGCCAGUAUGCCAUUUGAGCACCUGGGAAAGUGAGGGAGGCACUGCAGCUCCAGGGAAGGCGUUUAGCGUUGUGGCCAUGAUUAGUUUUAUGCCCGUUUUUUAUUUUGCCAGUGGAUAAACGACGAGGUCAAGUGUUUUUAAUCCCAGUAGAGGAGCAGCUUUCUCACCUGAGCAGAGAACAAGAUCUGGAAAGAAGACUGGAGAGCCCUCUCCACAGGCGCGAGCGACACCACACACAGUGGCAGGGGGAGGGAGACCGCAGAGAAGCAGCUUAUUUCACGCGUGCACAUUUUUGAACUGAAGAAAGAGAACUUAGACAUGUUAGUUCAGUAGUUUAGGGGAGUACAGUAGGUGUGCUGGGAGGACAGUUAUCACUCACUGCUACAAGAAGCCUGGGUGAACAGGAGAAGGGGGGCUUUUUUUGUUUUGUGAAAUGGCCAGAAGUUUCUCUUGUGCGAAUGCAAGUGAGCAAGGAAAGCUUUUUGUGCAAGUUUUAUUUCUGUCGGAGUGCAUUUCCUUGUUUGUGGGUUUUUUUAUCUUAUUUUUUUCAUUUUUAUACAGGACAAGCAUCAGAAAACUAAUCUCGUGGACGGUGUUGUGACUUUAGACCAGUAUUGGCUUACAUAAACUGUUUAAAAUUG